GGACCUCUGUCCUGCGGGGCCCCGCCCAGGACGGUGGCCGGCAGGGCCUUCCGCAGCGGUACGGUGGCCGGCAGGGGCUGGUGGCGCGUUUCCCGGUGCGUUUCCCGGUGCGUGGCGGGGCCGCGGCUGAGGCCGCUUCGCCCCCGCGGGUGCCCAGACGGGCCCGCAGGCGGCGAUGGAUUUCUCCCGAUUCCUGUCGGAUGACUUCGAGGUGAAGGGCUGGGUGAACGCGGCGUUCCGGGCCGUGCAGCAGGAGGCCCCGGGGAAGGUGGACGCUCACGCCGCCACGCUGGUGAUGAAGCUGCAGCUCUUCAUCCAGGAGGUGAACAACGCCGUGGAGGAAACCAGCCACCAGGCUCUCCAGAACAUGCCCCGCGUCCUGCGGGAGGUGGAGGUCUUGAAACAGGAGGCAACGUUCCUGAAGGAGCAAAUGAUCCUUGUUAAAGAAGAUAUCAAGAAAUUUGAACAAGACACAGCUCAGUCAAUGCAGGUUCUGGUAGAGAUUGACCGAGUGAAAUCUAGAAUGCAGUUGGCUGCUGAGUCGCUUCAGGAAGCAGAUAAAUGGAGCACGUUAAGUGCAGACAUUGAAGAGACUCUUAAAACACAGGACGUGUCUGUGAUUUCGGCCAAGCUGACGAGCAUGCAGAGCAGCCUGGCCAUGCUGGUGGACACGCCGGACUACUCGGAGAAGUGUGUGCACCUGGAGGCGCUGAAGAACCGUCUGGAGGCCAUGGCCAGCCCCCAGAUCGUCGCUGCCUUCAACUCCCAGGCUGUAGAUCAGGCAAAAACGUUUGUUAAAGUCUUCACUGAAAUUGAUCGGAUGCCCCAGCUUCUUGCUUAUUAUUAUAAAUGUCACAAGGUGCAGCUGGUGGCAGUGUGGCAGGACCUUUGCCAAAGUGACUUAAGCUUGGAUCGGCAGCUGACAGAGCUGUACGACACGCUGCUGGGGACCUGGCACUCACAGCUCCAGUGGGCAGCGCAGGUUUUCAAGAACCCCCAUGAGGUGGUGACUGUGCUGUUGAUCCAGACGCUGGGCGCGCUGGUGCCCUCUAUCCCUGUCUGCCUGGGCACCGCCGUGGAGAGGACGGGCCGGGACGCCAGGCUGAACAAGCUGCUGGAGCUCUACGAUGCCACCAUCCACUUCGCCAAAGGGCUGGAAGUGGCGAUGCUACCAAACCUGAAGGAACAGAACCUGGUUAAAGUGAUGGAACUGGUAGAAGCGGUGUAUGGUCCGUACAAGCCCUAUCAACUUGAGUAUGGAGACCUGGAGGAAGAAAAUCUGCUCAUCCAGAUCAGCGCAGUGCCCUUGGAGCACUGGGAAGUGAUUGACUGUGUCCAGGAGCUGAACCAUUCGGUCACCAAACUCUUCAUUCUGGCUUCGGGAGCCAUUGACAACUGUGUGAAGCUCACGGACGGGCUGGGGGCUGGGGGGCUCCUCCGGGCGCUGAAAGCUCUCUUCACAAAGUAUACGUCUGACUUCACAAAUACUCUGCAGUCUAUACGAAAGAAAUGUAAACUGGAUGAUGUCCCGUCAGAUUCCCUUUUCCAGGAGGACUGGACUGCAUUCCAAAACUCUGUCCGGAUAAUUAGUACUUGUGGUGAGCUCCUUCGUCAGUGUGGAGAUUUUGAGCAGCAACUGGCCAACAGGAUUUUAUCAGCUGCUGGGAAGUAUCUCUCAGACUCCUACAGCCCUUGUAGUUUUUCUGGCUUUCAGGAUACCAGUGCAGCAGAUAAGAAGAGCUCUGUAAAGAAUCCCUGGCAGGAAUACAAUUAUCUUUUGAAGGAGAAUCCAUCCGAGUAUGGCAGCCUUAUGGAAACGCUUUACACCCUGAAGGAAAAAGGGACGAGUAACCACAACCUGUUGUCUUCAUCUCGAUCUGCCCUGAGCCGCCUCAACCAGCUGGCACACCACUUGGCUUUUGACUCUGUUUUUCUUCGUAUCAAACAACAACUCCUGCUUGUCCCAAAGAUGGAGAGCUGGAGCUCUGGUGGCAUUGGCGAGACCCUGACAGACGACCUGCCCAACUUCAGCCUGACUCCUCUGGAGUACAUCAGCAACAUUGGGCAAUAUAUUAUGUCGCUUCCUCUCCACCUUGAGCCAUUUGUCACUCAAGAGGAUUCUGCUUUGGAACUGGCAUUACAUGCUGGAAAACUGCCUUACCCCCCAGAACAAGGAGAUGAGGUGCCUGAGCUGGACAACAUGGCUGAUUACUGGCUGGGCUCCAUCGCCAGAGCGACCAUGCAGACGUACUGCGAGGCCAUCCUGCAGAUCCCGACGCUCACUGUGCACUCGGCCAAGCAGCUUGCCACAGACAUUGAUUAUCUAAUAAACGUGAUGGAUGCCCUCGGUCUUCAGCCAUCAAGAACGCUGCAAAAUAUUGUAACUCUGUUGAAGACAAAACCAGAGGACUACCGGCAAGCUGCCAAAGGCGUCCCCCGCAGAAUGGCCAGCAGCAUCGCCACCAUGCGGGGCCUGGAGUGUUAGCUGACCCAGCCCUGCUGCCGACACAGCUCGAGGGCCCAGCAUUGCGCUUGGGUUUAUUUCCCUGUAAGCUUUUCAAGGACAGUGAAAAUAUCUCUGGGGAUUAGGGGAAUUUAUUUCUGAAUGACUCUUGGUAAAUGUCUUUGUCUACGAACAGCUUGUUCCAUUUUUCCAUCUUCCGAAACGAGGAGGGAUGUCUGGCAGCUUUGUUCACCAAAACCUGUUUGUGUGGACGGGAGCAGGCUGAGGGCUGCCCGCUGACUGGAGAUGCUCUGCCGGUCGCUGGGGAGGCCGUGUUUCUGGCGGUGAGAUGACUGGCUUUUGCAGAAAACUUCGGUAAUUCUGAAUCUAGAAUUAUGGGGUAGGUGCAACCAAGACUGACCAACUGGAAGCUCUUCUACCUGGAGGCAGCUGGCGUUGCUCAAGUCUGUUGUUAUUCACCAAGUCAAGAAGACGGUCUCAUCAGUUAGCAGCUGAGGCAUGAUCAAGCUCAGCCCUGAGAAUAAAACCAGUUUUGUAGGUCGUUCCUUGUGUGAUUAAUAUAUUAUACUGAAAGCAAUGAAGUUUAUAAGAAAUUUAA